AGGAGAUGGAAGCGUAGAACAACUUCUCGAGCUCCUUUUUUUUAAAAGCUUGUGUGCCUUUCUCUCUCUCUUUUCUCUCUAGCUAUUCAAUGCUCCUUUUGUUGAGUACUUGCCGUCUCAGAGGGCGAGGGCCAGACUGCAACCAAUGAGAGAUGAAAGGUGGUUACAAGGAGUGGAGUAGGAGACAGGAACCCUGACAAGAAAGCCCUACCACAUCUCCUCCUUCUCCAUCUCCCUCUACACAUCUCUCUCUUUCUCUCUCUCUCUCUCUCUUCAUCUAGCCUGUGAAGAAAGGAGGACAAGGCUCGUAGGACGUGUUCAAAAGGACAAGAUCUUCUUUGCAGUACACAGUGGAUGAAACUCCAAGGCUGAUUCAAUUUGCCAGUGUGUGAGAAACGAGAAACAACCAAGAGGCUCAUCAGGAUCAAGUGGCUGAUCAUCAUCAUCUCUCUCUAGGAUGUAGAGCUAGUGGUGAUCAUGGUGCAAGGUGAGGAGAGUUCUUGGAGGAUGGCAGCAAGCACCCACCAUGAGAGAGCAAUACCUCUCAACCAAGCACUUGCUUAUGGAGUCCAAGCCCAUGCUUCUCCUUCUGUUGCUGCUGCACCACCUGCCAGCUUCUUGGACUUCCAGCCUGCUGCCGCGGCAGCUGCCUACUUCGGCGAGCUGGAGGAGGCCCUCAUCCAUGGCGCCAACGCCGGCGGCGUCGUCGAUCCCGGCAUGAUCAGAGCCGACGUGCACAGCAAGUCGGCGGCAGCGGCAGCGACGGCAGGAUAUCUCGCGGCCAGGCCCCCCACGCUGGAGAUCUUCCCUUCAUGGCCAAUGAGGCAGCAACAGCAGCUACACAGUGGGAAUUCGCAGUCAGUCGGGAGCACCACUGACUCGAGCUCAGCCCAGAACACAAUGCCGCAGAUGGAGUUGGUGUCCCCAGCGAGUAUCAGGGCCUCCUCCGAGCACCAGCACCAGCAGCAGCAGCCGGGGCAGGAGGUCAUGAUGGUGACCACUGAUGAUUACAGCUACAAGCCAGGCCUCGCUGCUGCCUCCCCAAGCUUUCAGCAGCAGCAUCAGCUCCAGCACCACCAGCAGCAGCAGCUGCACGGAGGAGGAGACCAUGACAAGAGGAAGCAUGGAUCCACAAGAAAAGAUGGCAAGUCAGUGGAUGCCAAGACAGAACGGAGAUUAGCGCAAAACAGAGAGGCUGCGAGGAAGAGCAGGCUGAGAAAAAAAGGCUUAUGUGCAAAACCUAGAGACCAGCAGGGUCAGGCUUCAGCAGAUCGAGCAAGAACUCCAAAGAGCACGGUCACAGGGCCUGUUUCUUGGGGGGUGCAGAGCAGCAGGCGACAUGAGUUCUGGCGCGGCCAUGUUCGACAUGGAGUACGCGCGCUGGCUGGACGACGACAGCAAGCGGCUGACCGACCUCCGUGGCGGCCUGCAGGCGCACCUGCUGGACACCAACCUUGGCCUCAUCGUGGAGGAGUGCAUGCAGCACUACGACGAGCUGUUCCAGCUCAAGGCGGCGCUCGCGCGCUCCGACGUCUUCCACCUCCUCACCGGCACGUGGGCUACCCCCGCCGAGCGCUGCUUCCUCUGGAUGGGCGGCUUCCGCCCCUCCGACCUUCUCAAGAUACUGAUACAGCAGCUGGACCCGCUGACGGAGCAGCAGAUGCUGGGGAUCUACAGCCUGCAGCAGUCGUCGGAGCAGGCGGAGGAGGCGCUCGCGCAGGGGCUGCAGCAGCUGCACCAGUCGCUCGCCGACACCGUCGCCGCCGGCACGCUCAACGACGGCCCCGGCGUGCCCAACUACAUGAGCCUCAUGGCCAUCGCCCUGGACAAGCUCGCCAGCCUCGAAAGCUUCUACCAGCAGGUACGUCAACAGCUUAGCAUUGUCAUCCCGUUCCGUUGAUCAUUCAUGCAGAACUUACUUUUUUUUUCUUCUUCAUUCCUGCGUAAAACGAAACUGGGAUUAUGAUGACAAUUUUGUAUUUUUGUUAAGUAGGAGUACUGAAGUUCCUAUUACAUAUGAAGCCUAUUGCAAAGCCUGAAAAAAUAAACUGCUACUGUUUGAUCAUCAUCGAGUAAAUCUUUUUACCGAGAGCAACCAAACAAACGAUGCAUGAAAGAAAAACUAUGCUACAAUUGUCCUUCUCUGUCAGAUGCGCAGCAAUGCUCGCUAGCUGUUGGCCAUGGCCCUACAAAGCUUUGUCCAACCUUCUCCCUGACAGGCCAACUUUUGUCAGAAAGAAGUACUAUACUACUACUCCAGCUUAACACUUUCAGAUAAGCAUCAUUAGCACUUUCCAGCAUGCAUAAUUACCUUGUUAUUAACUGAGAACAAGCUAACGAUACCGGAUUACUGGUACUACCAAUUAUUGGAUGCUUUUCAAAAAGGAGUUGUUGGUAGGGGCCAAGCCAUAGGAGGCAAAGGUUGUUGUACACUUGUACUGGCAUUACAUACAGUACUCUACAUGUACAAACCUGUCUCUUUCUUUAUAAAGUCAAUGGACGAAUACAUACGGUUGUUCUUUGUGCCUCUACCCCCUGUGCCGGCUAUAUCUCUUGUUUAUUCUCUUUUGUUUGCUGGUACCUCAACAGAGGCCCACAAGCAUAGCAAAAAAUAAUUGGGAGUCCCAUUUAUGAUGUUCCAUGCCUUGCAAAAGUUGCAAGGGUUCCAAUCCAUGAAUAGUGUUCAGGAAAAGGACACAGCCACCUAAACUUCAGCUCCAUGGAUAGGAGCUUGCUGUUCCAUCAGAAGUCUGGAAGAAAAUGGUCUUUGCCUUUCUCAUGGGUUAUCCCUUCUCUGUCUCUUUCUCAAGGCCUCAAGGGAUAAAAGGAGACUGAGACCUCCAUUUUGGUUUGUUCAUGACCCUUCUUAUUCCUCCUGGCCCCUUUUCAGAUAUGUUGA